ACCACGCUCCCAUCCAUCCAUGAAUCUCCCAAGGAUUUCAGGGUACGUCGACGGUGCCGGGCACCCAAUCGACGUCGUUCAAUAUCCAAACCAAAUCCGCCUGAUCGAAUCCUAAACGCUUAGGGAGCACAUAUAUUCAAAAUCAUGCUCCGAAUUGGACCGUAGCUUGAACCGAAGCCCUUCCUAUCCAUGGGAUCCUCAGUAUGGCCACCGCCUUCGAAUUUGUCGUACUUGACCCAGUGUCGAACCUCAAACCUGGAAAGAGCCUGCGGAUCCGAAGCCGCUGCAUGCAGGGUAAAAACAAGCGUGAAGGAUCCCGCAGGACCCAGCGAGAGGAGAAGCGACUCGCGAAAGGGGGCAACGUUGCAGCAGCGAAAACUAAGGACCCUACCACACCUGUAGUUUCGUUACCGGUGUCGUCAAUAAGCCAUCUGUCGUUCGUCCGCUUUGCUGCUCCCGACAUCGACUCGGAGGCCAAGGGGCUCCUCUUCAAAGCCUUCGCAUACAACGUCGCCAACCAGGCUUUAUCUCCUCUUGAUCGCUGUGUCAACUUCGACUGCGUCGACUCCGCAUUUUUCGAAUGGCUUUUCUCCGAUGCUACGUUCCUGCACUCAAUUCUGUGCGCCAGCUACGCUAUCAAUGAACUCAUGGUCACUCAGUGGAAUGGCAAGCCAGGUCGCAAGACCGUGUUCCACCUGCGGGAAACCCUGUCGCUAUUACGGGCAAAAAUGCGCCAAGAGGACGCAUAUCGAGAUGAGUCGGUACUACAUAUUGUUAUCAAUCUCGCCCUGUUGGCUGCGGUGUUUGGUGAUUGGGAGGCUGCGGCCGCGCAUCUCAAGGGGUUGCGUAAAAUAGUGCAGUUAAGAGGGGACUUGGCAUUUUUGAGAGCGAGGCCCAAAUUGCAUUUCAAGCUCGAUCGCCUGGACCUCGCAUGGUCUCUGAGCUCAGGCCAAAUGCCGUUCUUCCUUCACCCCACUGUGUCCUGGGAGCCGCUCAUUCCUCCCCCAUAUUCACUUCUACCCCCAGGACGCUUCCGGCCAUCCCCGGACUGGGACUCUAGACUUGUAAAUGUUUUCCUAGACUUCCAGUACCUGUCCUUGAGGAUCAACCACAGUGUCUGCGUGCACGCUCGCUAUCAUGCCGGAUCCUUUCAGAGACUUCUCACAUCCCUCCAGUCGCUGCUCCUAGCCCUUGAUGGCUCACUCCAGAGCCCCAUUGAAGAGCUAGUUCGCCUCACUAUGCUUGCAUUCCUAGCGACUACGUUCAAGGUCCCGGGACGGAGGAUUCCGUACGGCUGGGUGGUUGAUCAACUUGGUAGAACGUAUGUGAAGGUGACUCCCGGCAUAGUAGAGCAGGACAGGAGGCUAGGAUUGUGGGUGCUAAUCAUCGCUGCACUCACGGCCGCUAAUGCACACGAUUGGGUAAGGGGCGCGUGGGAGAUCGUCAGUCCGGGACUUGAUUGGGUGGCUGUGAAGAAUUACCUGAUGCAGGUAAUGUGGAUUGAAAGCAUACAUGACAAGCCGGGCCAAAUGGUGUUCAAGGAACUAGAAAGAUUGGAAAUCAUAUAG